CUAAUUAUUAAAUUGUAAAAAUGGCAACAGACGAGAAUUCUUGGAGAACGCAAAGUUUUCGACAAAGUGUAAUUGCGAAAAUAGAUGAAGCUGUACAGAUGUCUGGAAUGCCCAUUACCAGAAAUAGUAUUGAUAUGGAAAAUCAUGUUUUUCAAAAGGCAAAAACUAAGGAAGAAUAUUUAGGUUUUGUAGCCAGGCUGAUUCUACAUGUCAGAGAACUAAAUUCUAAGAAAGGUGCAGGAGCUGCUGCACCAGGUGCAACAGGCUCUGGAAAUCAAGGAAUGCCAGAUCCUAUUGGGGCACUGCAAACAUUAGCACGUCAAGGAACUGGUAAUAAUCAAAUGAUGAACAUGAAUGGACCAGGACCUAAUCCUCAAGGAAUAAUUCCUCAACCACCGGCAAAUACAGCCACAAAUCUGUUGCAAAGCUUAAAUCAACGCCCUGGACAGCCUAUGGCCAUGCAAGGGAUGCAAAAUAAAAUGCCAGGAAUGGGUAUGAUGCCUGCUCAAACCACUGGUCCAAUAGGUCACAUGGGCACAAUUCCGAACAUGCAGAAUAAUUCAAUGUUGACACAAAUGAAUCAAAUAGGACAAGGAAACAUGCCUCAACAAAUGAAUCAAGUUGUUCCCAAUCAAAUGGGACCAAUUCCUACUGGACAAAUGCAACAAAAUAUGCAAACACAAAUGCAAAAUCAACUAUCCAAUCAAAUCGGUAAUCAGAUUGGUGGAUCCAUGAGUGGGAUUCAAACUAGCAUGCCACAACAAAUGAGUCAAAUUGCUCCAGGACAAUUAGGUCCGGGUCAAAUGCAGCAACAACUAAACCACAUGCAACGAAAGCCUGGUGAAAUGAUAAACACCGGUUUUCCAGGCCCUAGAAAUGUUACAGCAAAUCAGUUUCUACGACAAAGCCCAUCUCCAUCAGCCCCAAGUCCAGCUGGUUUAGGUGCACCAUCGAGUAAUCAGAUGGUAGCAUCUCCAGCAUUAGUUCCGUCACCGAGUCCACAACACGCUAUAAUGGCAGGCGCACAACGAUCUGUGGGUAUGGCACCGUCGCCCAGUAGUUCGUUGAACACUCCUGGAGGAGUAGGUGCUACUCCAAGUCCACAACAAGAAGACCAAGCAUAUAGGGAAAAAGUUAGGCAAUUAAGCAGAUAUAUCGAGCCUUUACGGAGAAUGAUUGCCAAAAUGGGCAAUGAAGGAAACGUCGAUAAACUAAGUAAGAUGAAAAAGCUAUUAGAAAUUUUAUCGAAUCCCAGUAAACGCAUGCCAAUGGAUACAUUACUGAAAUGUGAGGUAGUUCUUGAAAAAGUGGACUUUAAGAGAAGUGAUGCGAGUGUUGGGCCCCCCGUAACGACCCUUAAAGAACAUCACUUCUUCAGUCCACUUUUGGAAGCAGUAAGCACACAUCUCCAGAGUCCUGUAGUAAAUCAUACACUUCAGAGGACUUUUGGACCGUGCUUGGAAGCUUUAUUUGGUCCAGAGAUAAAAAGUCUGCCGCCACCAUUAAGGAAGCAGAAGGUAGAAGAAUCGCCUAGUGAGAUACCAGAUGUAUUACAGGGUGAAAUAGCUCGAUUAGAUCAACGAUUUAAGGUCAGUCUUGAUCCGGCACAACAAAAUGGAUCUAAGUGUAUUCAGUUAAUAUGCUGGUUAGACGAUCGUCAUCUUCCAUGCGUACCACCGGUAUCAGUUACAGUUCCUGCGGACUAUCCCCUAACACCUCCGCGUUGUGUAAUGGCACCCCAUGAAUACGCUACACCUUUCCUUUGUGCCGUUCAGAAAGCUUUGAACGCACGAAUAACAAAACUUCCUCGUCGUUUCUCUGUGUCUCAGUUAUUAGACACUUGGGAAAUGAGUGUAAGACAAGCUAGCGCGCCUUCACAAACACCUAUUACAGCCAGCACAGUAUUAAUGGGAUUAUAA